GAAUGGUGCCGCAUGCUCAACGAAUUUUGUAAAUAUUGAUGAAAAACUGUAAACUAUGUUAACAAAACAAACAUUAAAGUAAAUUAAUUUAUUAGUAUUUAUAUAUAAGUCAUCAUUUUUGUUAUUUUACGAAAUCCAAAUGGGAGAAAUAAGAAGUAAUUAUUGGAAGAAAAGAUGAAGAACUUUCUAUAAUUAAAUUAAGCUUUUCAAUCCCUCAAUUAUCAAUUAUACCAAAGAACCAACUUUUACCUACAAAAAUGAUAAUGACUGAAGAUUGCAAAGAUGAUGAAAGUUUUGUUGAAUUGUUUAAAAAGGAACACAAUGAGCAAUUUUAUGUGUUAAUUAAAAUGCAUUUAUCCUUUUUAUUGCAUAUGACGACAGAAGAGAGUGAAUGUUUCUACGAAAGAGUUAAAUUACGAAAAUGGAAUCUGGUGCCAUUUGGAAAAAAGUCUAAAUCCAAACACCUACAAGAUGGAGCUAUCUUAAGCCAAAAUGUUUUAAAUCAAGUGCACCAGAUCAUAAAUUACCUUAAAGCUGAAAAAAAUCUAAAAGCAGAAGGUAUAUUUCGAAGAACUGGAUCGCUUGAGAGACAAAACGAGUUAAAGAAUCUUCUUUCUCAAGGAUGUACGAUAGAUUUUGAAAAAAAUAUGUUUACAGUUCACGACUGUGCUUCAGUUUUAAAAGGGUUUUUAGCGGAUUUACCGGAACCUAUUACAACGGACAUUCAGUUUCCUAUAUUUUGCCAGAUUGCAGAAUCCUUUAGGCUGGAAGACCCAUCCCACGAAAACAAAAUCCACCAAAGUAUACAACUUUUGUUCCUUUUACUUCCCAAAGAAAAUAAGAAAUUAUUACAAGACUUACUCGAGCUGUUAUAUCUGGUCACUUUAAAUGAGAGCUAUAAUAGAAUGUCAUCGGAAAACUUAGCAAAGUUAUUUACGCCACAUUUAUUAUGUCCUAGAAAAUUGGCACCUGAAUGUUUACUGAAAGAAUCUCAACUACUUUUUGGUAUUGUUGCUUACAUGAUAUCAAAAUUGCCCGUAAUAUUUCGAAUACCCGCCCAGCUUAUGUUGGAUUUUAAGGCGCAUCAUGAGCAAGGUGGUGUCCUAAAUGAAUCGGUAAAGGGUGCUGCUCAUACUGUCUUUACUUUUGUUGAUAACAAAUUGACUGCAAAAGAAAAUGAAGAAAAUGUUACAGACGCAGCCCUUGCAGAAUUGUAUGCGCAUAUCCAAAGUUUGCCGGAAAGUUCCAAAAAAAGGAAAUUAGUGAAACAGUUUAAUAAGCAAAAUGGGCAGGGUACUCCGCUACAAGUCAUUAGAAGUUCAGUACCUAAAAGUUCCAAAACUUUAGGAGAUUCGAUUAAGAAGCACAUGUUCCAUAAGAAACUUUUGAAAAGUGUGAAAAUGUCAAGUUUUUCACAAAUGAAGAGUUCGAGCAGUGAAGAAGUUUUAAAUACUCCUGAUUUACAUCAAAAAACGCCUACUAGAGGGCGUCUGUUCUGUCAUAAUUUUGACAGUAGCGAUGACGACGAUCUCCCGUUAAAAAGGCGUAAGAGUUCUGAGAAUACGCCUAUGGAACGACCUAGGAGUAAAAGCGAUUCUGAUUUGAGUUUAGGUAAUACCACGGGACUUCCAGGGCAGUACUUAACCAGUACGCCUGCCUGCCUUCUAAAUAGGGUAGAUAAUGUGUUCACGCCCGAUGAUCAAGAUAGAAAAAGUAUGUCUCCUAUAACAAGAUCUGCCCAAAGAAUGCCUAGAGCUAUGCAGGAAACGAUGAUGACACCAAGAAGCCGCAAACCUGUGCUACUAGUUUCUGGAACAAAUAUAAAUAACUUGGCAAAAUUAAGCCCAACUCUAACUCACCUACAAGAAGAGGAACCUAGCUCUUAUUUAAGUCACGCACCUAAUAUAGAACAUCACAGAUUAAACUUUGACGAGUCGAAUUGCACCGCCACUCGUCUAAAAUGUAACGUAGCAACCCGUAAAACUACAUUGUUUGCUAAAUCUAAAAGCGACGGAGAUAUUAGCAAUGAGACUGAAAAAGUUCCAAAGCUUAAUAAAACAGACAGCCCUCAAUGCUUAAGCACCACAUUUAAAGAUUAUUUAAAUUCCAGAGAUAUGCUCAUCGCGGACAGUCCUUCUGGUGAUUCCAACUUUUGUAGUAUUUCGGAUGAUUUUAAAUCGUAUAACGAGCAAACCAGUUUUAUUCGGGACAAACCAAAUCAACCUGAGGAACAGCGCAUGACUGAAUCAAUGCUGUAUAUACUAGACGGGAAUAACCCUGGUGAGGACUCACUUAAUAACAGUGGCAGUGAGAAAAAAUUCGUCUUAAAACCGAGACAAUUUGAUGAAAAUGGAAGACCGAUUGUUUUUGAAACUUCGUUUUAAUGUUAGUAAUUAUACUGUGUUGAAGAUAAGAAGGUUUAAUAUGAAAAAAUCGUGUGUAAGAGACAUAAAGUUGAUUACAUUGGAAAAAGAUUCACAGCCAUUCUUUUUUGGUUGCCUUAGCAUAUUUUAGUUUUAAAGUGUCAGAGGACAUUCCUUUUUACUAGUUAUGAGUCAUUACGGUAUCAAAGAAUAACGGAAGAAAUCCAGCAAAUUCGUAAAUUUUAAAAUGGGAUCCCACAUUCAGAAUCUAUGUGUUAUUACUUAUAUUAAAGUAAAUAAACUUACGCAAGAUUUUAUAUUAUUCAGAUAUACAGGAUGGUUAUGCUAUUUUUGAUAAAAUGACCCCAUAUCUUUUUGUAACCUUUAUAAACUUCAAAGAAAUUUCAUAUAGUUUACGAAUCUUUAACCUAAAUGAUUGGUGAGUGAUUAAAGAUUGGCAAUUUUACAUUUACGGCUUAAGAUAAGAAAUAAUUUGAAUUUUUGUCAAAAAAAUUUGAAGCAUUCCUACAAUAUAAUUUUUUACAACAAUAAAAUUAUAUUUUUGUUAUGUCGUGCUUGAAGCUCUCCUGAAAUUAGUAUAUGGCCACCCUAUACAGAGUAUGCCAAAUUCGACCCUUUAUAUAGGGAUCUCGGAAUCUAUAAGAAAUACGAAGAUAGUUAAAUUAGGGCAAAGUUUAUAAUUUUUGAGCUUUGCUUAUGCGGUUUAAAAAAAUUAAAAACGAAUUGUUCCUAAGACAUUCGAUUUAAAAUACGACGUUUUGUCUUUUGCCAACCGUCAUCAACUUUCUUUUUUCUUAUAGACACCAUAUUUAUCUAGAUUUAUUAAAAACUUAUUUCAUCAUCGAAGUUGUGGCAAUAUUAAAUUGUCACUUGAAAUAUCUUUUAAAAUAAAUUGAAGAAAAAAUGAAACAAAAUUUGCAAAACCUAUAUCAAAGUAUUUGAUCUCGUACUAAAUAUUUAAAUAUGAUGUACAUUUAAUUAUAUUUACACAUAUUUAAAUAUAAUUAUUUAGUUUGCAAAUUUUGUAUUUUUUAAUAGAUUUUAGAACAAAUUUUCAGAUCUUAAUAAUCUACUUUGCAUUUUACACACCCUAUAGAUCA